AUGCGUUUAGCGACAUUGCCACCCAAUAACGGCGAUAGUUUUCCGCAAGUCCCUCGCUCCUCUCCCCAGAUCCACCCGCACCAUGGCCUCUCUCCCCCUGCCGCUCCCUCGCCUCCUGCUCCUCACCAGCCUGCCUUGCUCGUCUUCUCAGGUGGCACUGCAUUCAAUGGUGUCGUGGAAGAGCUGAAAAGGCUGACAAUUAGAGUUGCACAUGUUCUUCCCGUUUCUGAUGAUGGUGGAAGUACGGCAGAGAUUGUUCGUGUGCUUGGUGGUCCUGCUGUUGGGGACAUACGCUCCAGAUGCUUGAGAUUGUCCGAUGAAAGCACAUGUGAGGCUGUUGCUGUGAAAAGAUUGCUCGGACACCGAUUACCUCUUGAUUCUCUGCAAGCAAAAUUGGAAUGGUACGAAAUUGUUGAAGGGGAUCAUUUAUUAUGGACAGGGGUAUCGAAACCUUACAGGGAAACAAUACGUGCAUUUCUUGUUUAUUUUCAGAACCAGAUCCUUCAAAGGUCAAGUGAAGCAUUUUGUUUCAAAAAUGGAAGUAUCGGGAAUUUUUUCUUUGCUGGAGCACGGAUAUUCUUUCAAUCCUUAGAUGCGGCAAUAUUUUUAUUUUCUCGUGUCUCACAUAUUCCCACAGAAAGCCUUGUUCUUCCGGUAAUAACCACCAAUGAUCGACUUACCUUGGGCUGUGAAUUGUGGGAUGGAACUGUAAUAAGAGGCCAAAAUGAGAUCUCUCAUCCAGCAAACAGUCAAAUUGAUACUGUAAUUAAGUGUGGCUCAUUAAUCCCAUCACUUCCAUCAAGAAUAAAACGGGUGUUCUACUUAUCAAGUGAGGGAAAUAAUCUAUUACAUGAAGUAUUUCCCAAUGUCAACCCUAUGGUUCUGGAGCAGUUAAGAAAAGUGGACUGUAUAAUUUAUGCUAUGGGCUCUUUAUUUACAUCAGUUUGCCCAUCAUUGGUAUUGCACGGGGUUGGGGAGAUAAUUUCUUCCAGAUCAUGUCUGAAGGUGCUUAUGCUGAAUGGUUCUCAUGAUAGAGAAACUGCUGGGUUAUCUGCUUCCGGAUUUGUGACAGCGAUCACUGAUGCUUUAAACCAUACACACGGGAAUCCUCUUAAGCAUCUCAAUAAUCUUCCUGACGCAUAUGUUAAUGCCCUUUUAGUGCCGAAGGAUGGUGAGGUUACUGUUGAUAUUGAUUGCUUGGCUACUCAAGGAAUCUUCCAUGUGGUGACAGUUGAUUCUGUAUUUGAAGAUAAAGUAGGAAGGAUUUUUGAUCCAGCAUCCUUGAUCCAUGCUCUUUCUGAUCUAAUACACGACUACAGAAGGACACAUGAUGAUGUUACAUAGAAGGCAUUCAAGAGCCAAGAAUAGAAGGAAACUGUGAUCAAACUUAUCUGGCUGAAAAUAGUUUCUUGAGUACGACACUUUCACAUCGGUAACGGUGUUUCAUUCUUAUUGUUGUUCCUCAGUGUUAUCCACGUCGUCCUUGUCUGAUUUAUUCUGCCAUUAUCGUGCCAUUCUUUCAGUCACUACAAAGGUUUGUCUGAAAUUUUUUUCGAUCGAGACAUGAUCGUUAUAAGAUGGACGCUGCUGGUGUGGCAUUUCAUGCAUGCAUGCGCACUUGGGCGUGCGCACCAGGGAUGACUAUGUUGUACCAUGUAAAUGCCUAAUCCAUGUGAACCAUCUGUUGGAAAAGGAACAAUAAGCAGAUACAAUUCGGUCCAACUCCUCGCAAAGUUUAUGGAGUGGAAAGAUCCUUAGUGAGCUUGUUAGAAUAUAAGUAAAACGUUUUUGCAAUUUUAUAUUUAA